CUUGUUCAAGAAAAUGUGACCGAUUUUCGUACUAUAUUAUAAUAAUUAAUAUGCUAUCAUACACGCUCUAUAUCAAGUCAAACAAAAGACGGAAGACUUAUUCUCUAUUUUCCUCCCACUUGCUACACAACUUUAUAUAUAUAUAAGCUUAUAUAUUAUGCAUGAAAAACUAUAUAAUAAAACUUAUACCGUCACUUUAGACUUAUUACAAACUCAUUUUUCUUGUUUGUCAAACACUUAGGUGGAGUAAAUAUCAACUACAUUUAUUUAUUCAACCCUUAGUGUUUAUAUAUCAAAAUUGACACCAAAAGUCUGAGCAACUUUCAUCAGCUUUAAUAAAACAAAUAUGAUGGCUUGCAAAAUUGGCUGGAAAUCUGUUUUGCCUAAUUGUUUUAAAGCCAAGAUUGAUACAAAUAUUGUUCCUUCAGAGGUAAAGGUGGUUAAUUUGGAUCGUCAUAGAUUAGCUUUUUCUGAUAUAAGUACUGAUUCGAGAUCAGUAUUUAUAUCGUUGGAUGAUCUCUCAUCCAACGCGAUCAUUGGUUCAAAUCUUCAUGUAUUCACACUUGCUGAGCUUAAGCUCAUCACGAGUGACUUCUCGUCUGCUAAUUUUCUUGGUAAAGGUGGAUUUGGACCCGUUCACAAAGGUUUCAUUGACGACAAGAUUAAGCCUGGUCUAGAUGCUCAACCUGUUGCGGUUAAAUUGCUUGAUUUGGAUGGUAAUCAGGGUCACCAAGAAUGGCUGACUGAAGUGGUGUUGUUGGGACAAUUGAGACAUCAUCAUCUAGUAAAGUUGAUUGGAUAUUGCUGGGAGGAUGAUCAAAGACUUCUUGUUUACGAGUAUAUGGCAAGGGGCAACCUAGAGGAUCAACUAUUCUCGAGAUAUUCGAGUUGCUUGCCAUGGUUGACAAGAAUAAAAAUUAUGGUUGGUGCUGCAAAGGGACUGGCUUUUCUUCACGGGGAAGAAAAACCGGUAAUCUACCGCGACUUCAAGGCUUCUAACAUCCUAUUAGACUCGGAUUACAGGGCAAAGCUGUCUGAUUUCGGGCUAGCGAAGGAUGGACCGGAAGGUGAAGAUACGCAUGUCUCAACUCGUGUCAUGGGCACUCAUGGCUACGCCGCACCAGAGUACAUCAUGACGGGUCAUUUGACAAGUAAGAGCGAUGUGUACAGCUUUGGAGUAGUUCUGUUAGAACUAAUAACAGGAAAACGAGCUGUGGACAAGAAACGCCCCACCAAAGAGCGAAACCUGGUGGAUUGGAUAAGGCCAAUGCUAAGGGACUCCCACAAGCUCGACAGAAUUAUGGACCCAAGACUUGAAGGUCAGUACUCGACACAAGGAGCUAAGAAGGUAGCUACAUUGGCUUAUCAAUGCUUAAGCCACCAUCCAAGGUCUAGGCCAACAAUGAGCGACAUAGUGAAGACUUUGGAGCCUGUCUUGGACUUGAAGGAUAUACCAAUUGGUCCAUUUGUCUAUGUCGUUCCCACCUCAAAAUGUGAUAAAGAAAUGGAAAUUGGCGCGUUGAAGACUAAAGUAGACGAUGAAAAUAAGAUGAACAUAAGGGAAAAAAUAGAAAAAGGCGAUACAGGGGAAAGCAGAGGGGAUAGAAAUACUAGGCAGCGCAGAGUCGGACACAGGCAUAAACAUGGGUUAAAAACUGAUACUAUUGUUUACUCGGAUGCUCAUUUGUAUCACAAGACGUCUAAGGCACGAAAGAACAAACAAAAUUCCUAUUAAAUAAUCUCACAACGAAGAGAAGAAAGGAAAGAGAGAUAUUAAAAGUGUAAAAGAUAUGUGAAUAGAUUAUAUAAUGAAGUAUGUUUUUUUCGUUAAUUAAGUUUAACAUUUUAAUCACGGUUUUGAAGAAGAUCAUUUUCCAUAUUUUUGGUUCGGUUGUUGAAAGCAAUGUACAUAGAACAUUCCUACAAUGUUUGAACAAGAAAAAGUUACUAAUAUGAAAAACAAAAGAGAAUCAUUCUUGUCUU